AUGGUACUUCGGAAGGGAGACAUUAACAUAACUGAAAGAGUACUGCUUCAUCAUAUAAUGCUUCGCUUGAUUUGCUUACUACUACUUGUUGUCUCCAUGUACGCUUCACCCAGCUGGAGAAGCUGCACAUACUGCGAGAAAGUUGUCAACGAUUACUACAUUCAAACAGAUGAAGUUGAUGAUGGUCUCAAUUCAACGUCUACUAUACACAUCGAGAUGAACUCGCGCAGCAACGUCAACGAUACUGUUUUACAAGAAUAUUUUUCGCAAACCUGUCCACAUUAUAUGAUAAUUUCUGUGGUUUUAUCGGAAAUCUGUUUGGAAAUGAGCCAAGACAAGUCGCAGAUUGUUUUUCCCGGAUUGGAGCAUCAUAGAAGAGCUAAUCUCAUCUGUUUUUACUCCGACUAUUGCUCAAACUGA